AUGUCGGUGGUAGGCGCCCUGCCGUUCAUGAAACCGCUCUACAUGCGCUCUCUCCUGUCACAGGGACGCCGCCACACGCUGCCGGCCAGCGAGUUCCGCUCCCUCAGCCUGGAGGAUGCCAUCAGUGUGUUUGAGAUUGAGAGAGAAGCGUUCAUCUCAGUGUCCGGGGAGUGUCCUCUCUACCUGGACGAGGUGCGCCACUUCCUCAGCCUGUGUCCCGAGCUCUCUCUUGGCUGGUUUGAGGAGGGACGCCUGGUGGCUUUCAUCAUAGGCUCACUGUGGGACCAGGAGAGGCUUACCAUGGAUGCCUUGACUCUCCAUAAACCUCAUGGCAACACGGUCCACAUCCACGUCCUGGCAGUCCAUCGUACCUUCCGCCACCAGGGGAAAGGCUCCAUCCUGAUGUGGCGCUACCUCCAGUACCUCCGCUGCCUGCCCUACGUACGCCGUGCAGUGCUCAUGUGCGAAGACUUCCUGGUGCCCUUCUACCAGAAGUCAGGCUUCAAGGUGCAGGGCCCCAGUGAGAUCACAGUGGGACCCCUCACCUUCACCGAGAUGUUCUACCACGUCAGAGGCCACGCCUUCAUGCGCCGAAACAGUGGCUGUUGAGAGUGGAGGGACGCACUGUGGUCUGUCCAUGUCAGUGGCGGUGGGACCCCCUGGAUAGAGGAUAAGGGGAUGCGCGAGCAGCUUCGUUGCAUGUCGGGUACUAACGCAGACGGUGCGUUUGUGUUUGUCUCUGUGAAUGCCACUGCCUUAAGCAGGCAGUGAGGUGUGUGUUCUGUCCGAUGUGUGUGUUGAUGUGUAUUACAGAGGGCACAUCAUCCUGGCAAGACGCAAGUUGUUGCUGUGACCUCACAAUACCCAAAUGCCAACAGCAACCCUUUGGUCAGAAAAACAAAGUAACACUGUUGCUGAGUUAAAUUAUCUCUGGUCUACUAUGAACAGCAUAGAAAACAAAAGCAUUAGAGCUUAAGAAGUUACUCAAAGAAUGUAAUCGCUCAUCUCUAAUUUCAGUUUUUGUUUUGUGUUAUGUGUUGUGGGUUAAUGUGUUUUUUUUGUUUUUUUUUGGUUUAUUUUCUGUGAAUGCUGGACAUUUCUAAGGAAAAUACAAUAGCAAUUUGUGGUGACAAUAUUAGAUAUUAUUACUUGGACCAUUUAUCAUCUAUACAUUCAAGAUUUUAAAAUCCGAAUUGUCAUUGAGAUUGUGUUUAAAAUUAGCGGCCAGCUGCCCAGUUUUCUGUAUCACUUGUAUGUUUUUUUUUUUUUUUUUUUUUUUUUUUUUUUUUUUAAAUCUAUUUUAAUAGGGCUUUUACUUUCCAAAAACCCAACAUUUUUAGUAUAUAUGAAAUCAGUAUUUGCCCAUUGACAUGAACUAAGGCAUCCUCUCUAACAUCUGUCAUAUAUCAUUUUCUUUAUGCAGUUUGCCUUUAAAAACUCUGGCCAGCUUUACAAUUUUCUAAUGCUAUUGCAAUCAUAUCGUCCACUGGACGAUAUGAUUAACCCUAACCCUAACCCUAACCCUAAACAUAUUACUGGACGACGUCCAGUAAUAUGUUUAACUACACAAUAAACUUCUCAUGACUAUGGGAUGAUCCUAUCCAUAAAGGAGAGAUAUCAACCAACCAAGUAUCAGCUUAACCUGAGCAUGCUUGUCUGUUGUUGUAUGACUAAAGGUGUUUAGCUGAAGAGACUCUGUCUGUCUCCAUUAGCCAGUAUGAUGCUUGUAAACAUCUCAGGAUUUACUGAAGGAUCUGUUCACUGCCCCCACCAACUGUGGAAUAGCUGUAAACAUGUUCAGAGAACAGCAAAGGGCCAGUGUAUCUAAGGUGUGUAUAGAAUGUAAAUAAAUGUACAUCACACACAUAUGUAUGUAUAUAGGCUAUGUAUGUCUUAAACAGAAGUGUACCUGCUUUCAAGAUCGCUCCUUCAGUCUUUUGUUGCCUUCUCCCUUGUAGACAAUCACCACCCAUGCCUUUGUAAGUCUUGAAUCAAGACAAAUAUUUUUUUUUAAUAUAACAUUGUGUUAAACAAAUAAAGUUUUCA